AUGCGGAUUAGUGACAUAAAGUCGUCGGACUGGGACACCACCGCGUCCGAGUAUUCCAAAGUCCCCCUCGAAGGGCCACUGUUGAUUCCCUGUAAGCGCAUGAUUGACGCCUUGCAGAAUGCCCUUAGCUUUUCAUCGGCCACAACAAUCUUAGACAUUGGAUGUGGCCCCGGCACCGCCAUCAGUUUGCUGAUCGAAGACUACGGCCACCAUAUUCCACCAGGAACUCGACUGGUCGCGACGGACUACUCUGCAGGCAUGGUGGCAGAGACCAGAGCCAGGAGGGACUCGAAGAUAAGAGCUGGGGGCGACAAUGCAAAUUGCUGGGAUCGACUCGACACGCUGGUGGUGGAUGCACAGGAUCUGUCUCCAUUUCCCUCGAAUAGCGUCUCGCAUAUCAUGGGGAGCCUUGUAUACUUCAUGCUCCCAGACCCAAUGAAGGGACUGAUAGAGGCUCAUCGGGUACUACAAGCCGGUGGCGUCUUUGCAUGUACAAGUUGGGCAAAGGUCGAGUGGAUGGAACUCCUGGUUCAAGCGGCGCAAAAGGUGCGACCUGUCGUGAAGGAUAAUAAUUCAACCCAGCCAAGAGAGACUAGUUUGAUCCCCACGCAUUGGAAAGAUGCUGCUGGAGUGAGGGAAGAGCUAGAAGCUGCUGGUUUCCGCGACGUGCACACCGAAUACGUCGAGUUCAACUGGGCUGUUGAAGACAAUAGCAGAUUUGCCGAGAUGAUGUGCACAAGUUCCAACCCCGGUAGCAAGAUGGUCUUGGGUGAUCUUAUUGCUGAAGAGCAAUAUCAUGUUCGUAAAGAGUAUGCGAAAAUUCUGGAGGAGAAUAGGAAUGUGUGCAAAGGUGUCGCGGUCCUGGGCGUUGGCAGGAAAUAG